GCGACAGUCAGUCGAAAGUCAGCCAUCGUGCGCGCCACAUUACCGGAACCGGAAUUCUCGACGCUGCACCGCUCGAAUUCCCAACCCAUGAAAAAAACACUCACACGCACCCUCACCCACUAUCUCGGGCACAACACAAAAACACAAAAGUGAUAAUAGAAUUCGCGCCCGCAGCAAAAUUAAGAUUCAUCGAAGGUUCCUACACAGAAACGUGUCGCGUAGUUCAAAACACAAAAUUCCGAAUAAACCGAAAACUGAAUUAAAUUUGAAUAUCAAUUCCGAAUAACACCACACAGAAGUGCUACAAAAUGUGCCGGGUGUAAAGUAAAAAUAAAAUAAAAAACGAGAAAAAUACGAGAAGAAAACGAGAGGCGGAGAGAGCCAAGGCAACUGGAGUUGGGCCACGCCAAGGCCCCAUCCAACCAAAAAAAUAAUAAAAAAAGAAGCAUAAUUAACUAAAAGAAAAUCUGGCUUGAGAAAAGUGGGAGCCGAAGCCGAAAAUAUGUGCGCAGACUUUUCUUUGGUCGGCCAGUGGAAUUGAUUUUCUUUUCGUUUCUCCCAAUCUCCCCCGCAACUACUCCCCCGCCCGACCUUCUUCUGGCGCCUCAGCCGAAAAUAAAUUAAAGCCGCCAGUAUGAUCUACUACAUGUGCUGUCUAUUGGUACUCCUGCCCGGAGCUCUGGUCGCGGCCCAGGAUCCGUCGCACACGACAGAGUCCUUGUCCAGCAAGCACCAGCAGCCAUCGCACUCGAACGCCAUUAUGGGUGAGGCCGGUGUCUCCAACAGCCAGCUGAUGCACCCGGCGACUCCGGCGCGCACCCUGCGUCCCCUCACCACGGGCCCCGGGGCGGACCCCUCGCUAUACGACGCCCCCGACGACUGUCACUUUAUGCCAGCUGCCGGCUUGGACCAGCCGGAGAUAGCCCUCACCUGCAACCUGAGGACGGUGAACAGCGAGUUCGACACCACGAACUUCAGCGUGAUACCCGCAGAGCACACGGUGGCUUUGCACAUCCUCUGCAACGACGAGAUCAUGGCCAAGAGCCGCCUGGAGGCCCAGUCGUUCGCCCACUUGGCCCGGCUCCAGCAACUGUCCAUUCAGUACUGCAAGCUGGGCCGCCUGGGGCGCCAGGUCCUCGACGGCCUCGAGCAGCUGAGGAAUCUCACCCUCCGAACGCACAACAUCCUGUGGCCAGCCCUGAACUUCGAGAUUGAGGCCGAUGCCUUUGCGGUGACCAGGAGGCUGGAGCGCCUCGACCUGAGCUCCAACAAUAUCUGGUCCCUGCCCGACAACAUCUUCUGCGCCCUCUCCGAGCUGUCCGCCCUGAACAUGAGUGAGAACCGUCUGCAGGAUGUCAACGAGCUGGGAUUCAGGGAUCGCAGCAAGGAGCCGCCAGCUGGCUCCACGGAAGCCACUUCCACCACAGAGUCGGGCAAAAAGAGCAGCAGCUCCGCCAGCAGCUGUUCCUUGGACCUGGAGUACCUGGACGUGAGUCACAACGAUUUCGUGGUGCUGCCAGCGAAUGGCUUCGGUACCCUGCGCCGACUCCGGGUCUUGUCUGUGAACAACAACGGCAUCUCCAUGAUUGCCGACAAGGCCCUCAGUGGCCUGAAGAACCUGCAAAUCCUCAACCUGAGCUCCAACAAGAUUGUGGCCCUGCCCACCGAGCUGUUCUCGGAGCAGGCCAAGACCAUCCAGGAGGUCUACCUGCAGAACAACUCCAUCAGCGUCCUGAAUCCGCAGCUCUUCUCGAACCUGGACCAGCUGCAGGCUCUGGACUUGUCGAUGAACCAGAUAACCUCUACCUGGAUCGACAAGAACACUUUCGUGGGCCUGAUUCGCCUCGUCCUGCUGAACCUGUCGCACAACAAGCUGACCAAGCUGGAGCCGGAGAUCUUCAGCGACCUGUACACCCUGCAGAUCCUCAACCUCCGGCACAACCAGCUGGAGAACAUUGCGGCCGAUACCUUCGCUCCGAUGAACAAUCUGCACACCCUGCUGCUGUCGCACAACAAGCUCAAGUAUCUGGACGCGUACGCUCUGAAUGGACUGUAUGUGCUCUCGCUGCUGUCGUUGGACAAUAAUGCUCUGAUUGGCGUGCAUCCGGACGCUUUCCGGAACUGCAGUGCCCUGCAGGACCUCAACUUGAAUGGCAAUCAGCUGAAGACGGUUCCCCUGGCGCUGCGGAACAUGCGGCAUCUGCGGACCGUGGACCUGGGCGAGAAUAUGAUAACCGUGAUGGAGGAGAACGCCUUCAAGGGCCUGGGCAACCUCUACGGCCUGCGCCUGAUUGGAAACUACCUCGAAAACAUAACAAUGCAUACGUUCCGGGACCUGCCCAGCCUACAGAUUCUGAACCUGGCCAGGAACCGGAUUUCUGUCGUCGAGCCCGGGGCCUUCGAGAUGACCUCCAGCAUCCAGGCCAUCCGAUUGGAUGGCAACGAUCUGAACGACAUCAACGGGCUGUUCAGCAACAUGCCAUCGCUCCUUUGGCUGAAUAUAUCAGAUAAUCGCCUCGAGUCCUUCGAUUACGGUCACGUGCCGGCCACUCUUCAAUGGCUGGACCUGCACAAGAACCGCUUGAGCAUCCUGUCGAAUCGCUUCGGCCUGGACGCCGAGCUGAGGCUGCAGACCCUGGACGUGAGCUUCAAUCAAAUCCAGCGCAUCGGACCCGGUUCCAUUCCCAACUCCAUCGAGCUGCUGUUCCUCAACGACAACCUAAUUACCACUGUCGACCCCGACACCUUCAUGCACAAGACCAAUCUGACCAGGGUGGAUCUCUACGCGAACCAGAUAACCACUCUGGACAUCAAGUCGCUCAGAAUACUUCCAGUGUGGGAGCACCGCGCCCUGCCGGAGUUCUACAUCGGUGGGAAUCCGUUUACGUGCGACUGCAACAUCGAUUGGCUGCAGAAGAUUAACCACAUCACUUCGCGGCAGUACCCCAGGAUAAUGGACCUGGAGACCAUCUACUGCAAGCUGCUGAACAACCGGGAGCGCGCCUAUAUUCCCCUGAUUGAGGCCGAGCCCAAGCACUUCUUGUGCACGUACAAGACCCAUUGCUUUGCGGUGUGCCAUUGCUGCGAGUUCGAUGCCUGCGACUGCGAGAUGACCUGCCCCACCAACUGCACGUGCUUCCACGACCAGACCUGGUCUACGAACAUCGUCGAGUGCUCCGGUGCAGGCUACUCCGAGAUGCCGCGUCGAGUGCCCAUGGACACCACUGAGCUGUACAUCGAUGGCAAUAACUUCGUGGAGCUGGCGGGGCACUCGUUCCUAGGUCGCAAGAACCUGGCCGUCUUGUACGCCAACAACUCGAACGUGGCCCACAUCUACAACACCACCUUCAGCGGCCUGAAACGCCUGUUGAUCCUGCAUCUGGAGGAUAAUCACAUCGUCUCCCUGGAGGGCAAUGAGUUCCACAACCUGGAGAACCUGCGCGAGCUGUAUCUGCAAUCCAACCGAAUCGCCAGCAUUGCCAAUGGCAGCUUCCAGAUGCUGAGGAAACUGGAGGUCCUGCGGCUCGAUGGCAACCGACUGAUGCACUUUGAGGUAUGGCAGCUGAGUGCUAAUCCCUACUUGGUGGAAAUCAGCUUGGCCGAGAACCAGUGGAGCUGCGAAUGCGGCUACCUGGCGAGGUUCCGGAAUUAUCUGGCUCAGAGCUCCGAGAAGAUUAUCGACGCCGCCAGGGUUAGCUGCAUCUACAACAAUGCCACCAGUGUGCUGCGGGAGAAGAACGGCACCAAGUGCACCCUCAGGGACGGAGUGGCCCACUACAUGCACACAAACGAGAUUGAGGGCCUGUUGCCCCUGCUCCUGGUGGCCACUUGCGCCUUUGUGGGCUUCUUCGGCCUGAUUUUUGGCCUCUUCUGCUACCGCCACGAGCUGAAGAUGUGGGCCCACUCGACGAGCUGCCUGAUGAACUUCUGCUACAAGUCGCCACGAUUCGUGGACCAGCUCGACAAGGAGCGGCCCAACGACGCCUACUUCGCCUACAGCCUCCAGGACGAGCACUUUGUGAACCAGAUUCUGGCGCAGACCUUGGAGAACGACAUUGGCUACAGGCUGUGUUUGCACUACAGGGAUGUCAACAUUAAUGCCUACAUUACGGACGCUCUGAUUGAGGCCGCCGAGAGUGCCAAGCAGUUUGUUCUGGUCCUGUCCAAGAACUUCCUCUACAACGAGUGGAGUCGCUUCGAGUACAAGAGUGCCCUGCACGAGCUGGUGAAGCGAAGGAAGCGCAUGGUGUUCAUCCUGUACGGAGAUCUGCCCCAGAGGGACAUCGACAUGGACAUGCGGCACUAUUUGCGGACCAGCACUUGCAUCGAGUGGGACGACAAGAAGUUCUGGCAGAAGCUGCGACUGGCCCUGCCCCUGCCCAAUGGAAGGAGCAACAACAACAAGCGCGUGGUCUCCGGCUGCCUCUCCGCCCGCACGCCCUCCGUCAAUAUGUACGCCACCAGUCAUGAGUACCAGGCCGGCAACGGAGCCGUAAUUCCUCUGCCCACCGCUCGGUAUGCGGAGUGUGGCGGCAACAACUAUGCCACAAUCAACGAGUGCGGAGGCGUGGGCACCACCGGACGCGGCUACAAGCCCAUCCCCACCUCGGCCUCGGCGGCAGCGGCUGCCUGUAAGUUCAACACCAUGAACCAGCUGUCGAAGAAGCAGCAGAGGGAUCUGAGUGUGGCCGGGAUGGCCAAGACCCUGGAGCACCAGCACCACAACCACCACGGGCAGUCGAACCGCCGGAGCCAGCACGAGUACGCCGUGCCCAGCUACCUGCCCAGCGCCGCUCCGGCCUACGACAGCGUGGACUACGCCAAGCAGCAGCUGCGGGGCAGCGGGGGCAACUGCGAGUGCAUCAACCUGGGCGGGGGCACGGCCAAGCGGUCGCAGCCGAUGAAGGGCUCCGGCCUGCCGCCCAGCUUCAGCUCGAACUUCGUGCCUCCAGGCGGGGGCCCUGCGUCCUACAACUGCAAAAAGUCCUGCACCUGCAACGGCGAGGAGGACCUCCUGUGCAGCUGCGGUGGCGGUGGGGGCGGGGCAAAUCUCCUGGAGAGCGCCACCCAGAGCAGCGUCACCAUGAGCAGCAGCAGCAACAAUAGCCGGCAGCCGGAGCUCACCCACUACGAGUCCAACUUGAGCCUGAACGACGACGAUGACGAGGACGAGGAUCACGAUCAGCAGAAGAACCUCUGGGCGUAACGGGGUUAAAGCCCAAACCAAAAAAAAAAUAAAAAAAAAACAAACAAAACCAAGCAGGGGACAGACUGCGCAACCAGUGAAUUUAUAAACGAUAAAAGAAAACUCUAAACCUUAACUAAAGUUAAAAGCUAAUUAAUCGAAGCGGUAGCCAGAAGAUAGCAUACUUUUUGGGAUGGUUCGAACAGACUGAUACUUUUAGUUGAUUAAAUAAAUUAUUCCUUGUAUAUAGAUCCCAGAAACACACUAAGCAGACGCUAAUCCUUAAUGAGAUUUCAAUAGUUUACAAAUUGUAUAAAUGGAUGAAUAACUUGAACGGUUUUAAUGUAAGGGCCUGUACAUAAUUAUAAAUACAUAAUGCCAGAUAAUUAAUUUAUUUAAUAUUACAUAGCUACGACAAGUAUAAGACAACAGUGUUGAAUUAAAAUAAAUAUACAAAUACGACAAAAAUUACAAUAAAAAUAUAAAACAAACAGAAAAAGAAUCCCCAAUCAUUUUCAACUUUCCACAGCGUUUUCCACACCCCCUCCGCCAUCAUCAGAUAGCCAGGAAAAUUAAUUAGCAUGUAAGGAAAUUGUACGAUAAACAUCAAACAAUGCCAUUGGUAAACAGAAAUGCAAAAGGAGCAGAAGCCCAACACCAACACCAACAGAAACAAAAAAAAAACACAUUUAAGUGAAAUUCGCACCCACAGGCCGAGCGAAAAUGCUGCAAACAAUAAAAAGUCAUAAUAAUAACUGCGAUGAAAAUAUGCAUACACAGAGAACUAUAUAUACAUAAUAAUAUUAAUAGCUGACACUCAACGAAUUGAAAAUAAAAUUAUAGUAAAUCAUAGCCCCCUCCCAGCCUCUCAGCCUCUCGGUCCGGCAAUGCGAUAAUGAUGAGCCGACCAUGAAGCUGCCGUUGAUAACAAUUAAGCCUCCAAAUGGUACCCGAACGAGGGUAAUGAAUAAAAAACGCAAUGCAGUUUCGGGCUUAAUGGUUUUGCUUUUCAUUUAUUUAUGUUCAUGUUUUUUUUUUAACCAAUACUGUCUGUAUGGUGUAGUUUUUUUGUGGCGGAUUUGCAAAGUUAUUAUAAUUU